GCCCGAACGACGGUGGUGCGAGGAGCUCGGUGAGAGGGGUAAUUUGGGGCGACUGGAGUGAGGCACUCACUAACAGUUGUCAUCUCAGCAGUUGAAGCGACACGUGUGCUGCUCAGAGUUGGACCUUUGUUAUUAUUUUUAUUUUUUGUUGUUAUUUUUUUACUUCAGGACAACAUCUCUAUGUUAUCUUUAAUUUGGACUAUCUUGUUUUUGGACUUCUUUCUAUUUUUGACGUUUUUUCCAAAUUAUUUUUUUAGUAAAUAUAUAUACAUAUAUUUUUUCACUCAGUUGUAAAAGCCUUUCUGCUUAGGUGCUUCAAACUGAGUCAGGGUGCAGGAAGAGGUCAAACUUAAACUAUCCCAAACAUCCAACAAGGAAGAAAUACAACCACAGCCAUCUGUGACCUCACACAUUUCCAUUCAUUUCUCCCUGCUCCUCCCACCGCAACACAAAAACCAUGGGGAGGAAAAAGAUCCUGAUUCAAAGGAUUACAGAUGAACGCAAUAGACAGGUGACCUUCACCAAGCGGAAGUUCGGUUUGAUGAAGAAGGCGUACGAGCUGAGUGUCCUGUGCGACUGCGAGAUCGCUCUCAUCAUCUUCAACCACUCUAACAAGCUGUUUCAGUACGCCAGUACUGACAUGGACAAGGUCCUGCUGAAGUACACAGAGUACAACGAGCCCCACGAAAGCCGGACUAAUGCAGACAUCAUUGAGACGUUGCGAAAGAAAGGCUUUAACGGUUGCAACAGCCCCGAGCCCGAUGGCGACGACUCCAUCGACCAAAGUCCGCUAAAUGACCGCAAGACCGAGGACCUGGACAGCCUCUUCAAACGCUAUAGCUCUGCAGUCCCGCAGCCGACCUUCUCCAUGCCGGUCACAGUGCCAGUGUCCAAUCAGAAUGCAGCCGCGGCAGCAACCCUUCAGUUCAGCAACAACCCUGCCAGCGCCCUGGUCACCACCACCUCCUUCGUCACCUCCACCCUCGCAGAUCCCCGCCUCCUAUCACCACAGCAACCAGCUCUGCAGAGGAACACCGUGUCACCGGGGUUACCACAGCGACCAGCCAGCGCAGGGGCUCUGCUUGGAGGAGAUUUGGGGAACUCAAAUGGAGCAUGCCCAAGUCCAGUUCCUAAUGGCUACAUCAGUGCCAGGGCCUCUCCGAGCCUCUUGUCCAUAUCCAACAGCAACAGCCUGGGGAAAGUGGUGUCGGCUAAGUCUCCACCUCCACCCAGCCCUCAGAUGGUCAACAGCCGCAAGCCGGACCUGAGGGUCAUCACUUCGCAGAGCGGCAAGAACCUCAUGCAGCUGAAUGUCCAGCGACUAGGUGGCUCCCAGGUGACGCAGCCACUCACCACCCCGGUGGUCUCCGUCGCGACGCCCAGUCUCCUCGCACCCUUCCCCGGCAUGCAGACGGCCUACAACACAGACUACCAGCUGACGAGCGCUGAACUCACCGCGCUUCAGACGUUUACCCCACCAGGGCUGGUGCCUGGCAACAUGGCUGCCUGGCAACAGCAACCAGCGGUCUCACAGCAACAACAACAACAACAACAGCAGCUGACGUUGGCGUCACUCAAUAACUUGGUCAUGUGGGGUGCAGACAAACAGAAUGCGGAGAUGGUUAACUGCAUCUCCAAUUUUGCCGCUAACCUGAGGUCAGUGGGCCCAGUUCCUCAGAACGCCACACUGACGGUCAACACAAACCCCAACGUCAACAUUAAGUCCGAGCCCAUAUCACCAAACCGUGACCGCAGCACUCCCAUUUCCAUCAGUGGCCUAGGAGUGGGCACGGGGGUUCAGAUCCAGGGACAAGGUUUGGUUUCGGUUGCCUACCCUGGUGCCCUGCGGGUGGAAGCAGGAGGCCAAGGCCGCUCGCCCGUCGACAGCCUCAGCAGCAACGGCAGCUCGUUCGAGGGCAGUGACCGUGAUGACAUCCAGGGUCAGGGUGGGGGUACAAACUUCCACAACCAAGGGGGCGCCGGAGCACAGCAGCCCACCAUGGUCCUCCUGCGGCCCUCUUCAGCUGAGCCUCAAGAUCAGGAUGGGACAAACGUCAAAAGAAUGAGAUUAGAUGCCUGGGUCACAUAAACGUGGAUGGACGGACACGUGGAAGAUGGAGAUGUGUUUUUGUGGCUUGUGUACAUGCUCCCAUCAGCACCCCCCACCCCUUCACCCUAUUUUUGAAUAAAAUCACAGAAUAAAACCAUAAUUGACCCAGUAACCACACAGAAGACUCAUCCAUACACAACGCAAGCAUGCAAACACACUCAUGUUGCACAGUGGACAUCGAUGCGGAGUAGAUGGCAGCGUUCAUUCACGUUUGUACUUUGAUGUCCUCAAACUUGUAAGCAUGAAACCCCCCCGCCGCCCCCACAGUAGGUUGAGCCACCAAACCAGGGAUUACUCAUCAACAGAAGGAAAAUGACGGACUUGAUUCAGCUGCAUUUAAAAAGAAGUGAAGAAAGGUUUUAAUCAGGCGUAGUUUUGGUCACAUGGACUACUUUCAGACACGCUGACGGCUGCUGGCAGAGCAGACAAACAAAUCAGACUUGGUUUCCCAGCGAGCCUUGGUGGGAGUUGGUUUGCGGUUGGUGGUGUUGUCCCACCCUCCUGUCCUCGCUGUACAGUAGGUCAGAUUUGACAGCGCUGUGUUUAACAAGUGCCACUAAAAAUAUCCACAUCAUUUUUAAUUGUAUUUUUUUUUGUACCCAUCUGCCCCGCUACAGUUGUGUUGCUUUUUCUUUCCCUACUUUAUUGUUUGUUUUCCAACUCUGUUUAGAAGUUUGUCCUUCUGUCUUGACUGUUUAACGUUUGGAUUCAUUUUGGAUUUGAAUUUGAAGACACUAAAAAAAAAACCUCUGUCUCUCUCCAACCAUGCCGGCAGCUCUGUCAACAUGUCGGCGCUUUGGCCCUGCGCAAGAUUGACGACCCUCAGGUUGUUUUUCCCAGUGGAACCGUGCAGUCUAUCAGUAAAGCAAGGAGCGUGAUUUGUUGCUGACGUAAAAAGACUGCUUUUCUUUGAAUCAGGGAUGAGCUGCAACAGCUCAACGGCACGCUACACUCUUCAUUCGCCCACCUUGUGUCGACUACAGAUGCUGAGAAAGGCUUGUGUGUUUGAUGUGUGUGCGUGUGUGUGUGUGUGUGUGUGUAUACAGGUUUGUUACCUCAAUUUGUUGUUUUUUUAAGUGAUUUGGACAAAUGUUUGCUUUCAAUUUUAUUGAUCACAACUGCAAUGCACACAGCUGAAACUAUUUUUACGAUAGCUGAUGUUCAAAGGGUGGGUGGUGGGGUGGGGUGGGGAGGGGGUUGUACCAUGUAUAUAAGCAAUCUGUAACCUUUGUGGCUUUUGUGUGACAGGGGGAAAUAGGUGUUUUGAAGGUUGGAACAAUAGGUCAUAUACGAGUAUAUAUUUAAACGGCUUCAGACCGUUGCUGAGGCAACUUUGCGUCUGGAGCCAGAGACUAAAACAAACGACAGGGAUUGUAUAUAAAUAUACUGUAUGUUCGGCAGGAUAUCCCUUAACAAAGCAGAAAAAUAAGCAAAUAUUGAUUCUCAGUGGAUCGGUCUGUCUUUUUAAAGAUAUUAUUUAUGCGUGUAAAUAAAGUGUAAUAUGUGGAUAAGCCAAGAGAGGGUGCUGUAGAGGCAGAAAGGGAACUUGAGGAGGCUCAGACUGUUUUAGAGUGAGCAAUGAUUAGGACUCUGUCACUUUACCCUAACUCCCAACUCACACACUUAAACUAUAGACACACACACACUAAGGUAUGGCUGACUUACCUUGGUAGAAGUACUUCAUAAUAUAUUAUUAAGCAGAAAUAAAAACUUUUUACGCCCUAUUGAAUUAUUUUUAAUUUAUUACUGUGCAUUAAGCACUAUGAUCUUUACUGCCUACUGUUGUAAACUGCCUGUCAUCACAUCUGUGUUCUACACUUUAUUUAAGAGUAAUGUUUAAAAUAAUUACAUAUUUAAAAAAUGGAAAAUCUAAUCUACAUUUCUCUUUCUGCUUUUUAAAUAGCAAAAUAUUUUAAUUUAUUGUGGAUAAUUAGAUUGCAAACUUCAAAUAUAAUUUUGUUUCUGAAAGCAUUUGAUUUUUAUACAUUUAAUAUCAGCUGCUUCUGUUCAGAAGAAAUCCAAACUAAAGCUCAGCGAUGAGUUUCAUGGUUUUACAUCAGCUGAUGAUGAUUACUCAUCAGGUAUUUUUGUGUCAAAGGCAGCGCUGAAUAUAUAUUAUUUUAUUUUAAACCCCACUUAUCUUGUAAACAUGUCAAUCACACUUCAGAUCACACAUUCAGUAAAGGAUUAAGCAAGCCAAGGAAGUUUCCCAUCCCCGCCUUUAUGUUGAUGUUGACCUUGAUUCCUCCUAUAAAAAUAAGAAGCCAUGUAUCUAUAUUUAAAGGACCUCUCCUUCACCUGUCACUGGUUGGCUGUAGUUUUAUAUUUUGGAGAGUUUUAAAUAAGACGAUGAAAGAAUGAUGUGAAGGAUGUCUUCUUUUUUUUUUACUCUAGAAAAGUGUCAAAGUGGUGGUUUAGGGCUUAGUGUGUAGAUUUUUUUCAAACUGUGGUGGUCAAAAGUGGAGCUUUGUGUAUUUAUUUAUUUUCCUGAGAAGCACUCCCAGCCUGCGUCCGUUUGUUUCUGAGAAGCACUGGAGGCAGCGUUUGGGUGUCGUCGGAUGUUAAGCCGGAGGUUUCAGAGCGGUUCUUGGUUCUUUUUUAAUGACUACCUCCCAAAUCCCACGCAGACUUGUCGACUUUGGGCUUUGCCACAUCCGACCACUGCAUCCUUCUCACGGGCAAGGCCCUUGUCACCUCCUCCUCACCCCCCCACCCCACCCCCGCCCGUCCAUCACUCACUUUGCUUUUUUAUAUCCCUCUCUGAGGCUUAAUCUGAAAACCGCGCAAACACACACGCACGACGUCGCACGCUCCCCCUCGCGUUUGUUCCGUCCAGAUAGCGGGUCUCAGCGCAGAGACGGAGUUAAAUUAGUCCGGGGUCAUUUUUCCACAGGGUGACAUGAGCCCCCCACCCCCCUGCAGCUUCAUCGCACACUGCUUAGUGAUUUCUCAUUUUCUUUAUCUCAGCGUGUCACUCACUCAGACUCAUCCUCUCCGCAGCGAGUCUCAGAGUGGACAUCAGUCCACAGAGUUGACUGUUGUGACCUGAGCGUUGAACAAAGAUAAAACGAAACGAUAAUUAGACCCCCGAGGAGUUUAUUUUUGAUAUUUUUAUUUAUUAUUUUCAGAGGACGGAUGAGAACUGUCCACAGAAGUAAGGAUCGCUGGAAUCACAAAACAAAACGACAAUCCUGCUUUAAAAAAAAC